AUGUAUAAGCAGGCGACACAGCGGACCACCGAGGUCCUCUCGCUGCCUCCGAAAUGGCUCGGGAUGUAUUCCGACUUCAUCACCAAGAACAGCAGCGCAGUAUCGCAGAUCGAGUCGGCGCUGCGAUCGCUGACAUAUAUCAUCCCCGGUCGCUUCAGAGAGUCUGAGAUUGCGUCCGAGUCUCUACACAGCGGUGUCCAGCUCCUCUCCCUUUAUCAUGACUCCCUCCUCGCAAAGGCAAUGGCGCAGUUGCCAGGGACACGGCGCCAUCAUCCAACCCCGCACAAUCGCUACACCAAGUUCUGGACGCAACGAUCGCCGACCUAUAAGCGGCUCGCGCUCCUUCUCCAGAUGAUCCAAUAUACCGAGCUAUUAUGGGAAAUGGCGGCGAAGAGAAAGGGAGAGAAGGUGCGAUGGCGCGUUGUGGUGUUGCUAGAGAUGGUGAAGGCUUUCUGCCGCCUGUUGCUCCUACGGUUGACGAAUUCGAGACCGCUAGUGUCGCCCCCUCUUCCGCAGAGGGAGGUGGAUCCAAGCUCCUUGGAGGACUCAUCAGCAUCUGCUGAUGGUAUGGAUACCCCUCCUAGCGAGCAAGCGGUCGAAGCGGAGAACUGGACCAUGCCCCGAACCGGACUGUCCAUGCCGAGCUUGCCAGACUCAUCCGACAUCUCGAGCUACCUGCUGUCCAAAGUGCUUACUGCGGACGACAUCAAGCCUCCGAAAGCGCUGCUCCACCGGGUUAGUGGCAAGGGAGAGGUGGCGGAGGUGUUGUACAUUCUAAGGCCAGUCAUUUAUGCUCUCGCAAUGCAGCAUUUCAGCGGCGAUAGAAAGAGCUGGCGACCAUGGCUGAUUGGAUUGAGCAUAGAGUACGGAGCGAGACAAUUGGCAAAGAAGGAUUUCCAAGAAAGGCUUGCUGGAGGACUCAGAGGGUUAACAGGACUAGAAAGAGAAGAGCUAAGGAAACGUGGAUGGGCGCUCGGCUGGUGGAUGAUGCGUGGCGCCUUCUAUGAGAAUAUCACUAAAGCUUGGAUACACGCCAUUACGCGAAAGCUGAAGAACAAGCCUCUCUUGGACAUUGUCGGCGGUGUCAUUGAGGACUAUGAGUUCCUUUGGGAUCAGUACUACUUCCCGACCGCCACGCUCUAA